AGUAGCUAGCCAGGAUCCCAUUCCAAGUUGUUCCCUCCAACUCUAGGAUAUCUAUUACUCCCACACUAUAAAACAUAUAACACCCUCUUGGCCCUCUAGUCACUAAGCACAACACACGCUCUCCUUCAAGCCUUCGAUGGAUUCCUCAAAGCUCCUUUUUUCUUUCCUUCUCUCCCAGCCUCUCCUUGCUCUUCUCUUGCCAAUGACUGCAGCACAAAACUCGAACCUCUUCAGAGAAUACAUCGGAGCUCAGGGGAGGGCCGUCAAGUUCACCGAUGUUCCCAUUAAUCCCGACGUCGACUUCCACUUCAUCCUUGCCUUCGCCAUAGACUACACCGCAUCAACGUCGCCUUCACCCACCAAUGGUCAGUUCCACUCCUUCUGGGACACCGCCAGCCUCACCCCCUACGACGUCACCUCCAUCAAACAGAAUCAUAGCAAUGUGAAGGUUGCUCUUAGCCUUGGAGGCUACAGCGUCGUCGGCACUAUCCCUGCUACCUUCCAUCCUAACUCUGUAGACUCUUGGGUCAGUAAUGCUGUGUCCUCCCUAACCAGCCUCAUCGAACAAUACAAUCUCGAUGGCAUCGAUAUCAACUAUGAGAACUUUAUCAUCGGCGCAAACCAGGACAUGUUUACAGAGUGCAUCGGACAGCUACUAACAACACUAAAGAGCAAUGGGGUGAUCAAGUUUGCUUCAAUAUCUAUGUAUGAUGAUGAACCACUCCAGAACUACUACAAGGCUUUGUGGAACAAUUACUCACAGGUUAUAGAUUACGUGAACUUCGAAUUCUAUGCAUACCCUGCUGGCACGACAGUAUCGCAAUUUCUAGGCUAUUAUGAGACUCAGAGAUCGAAUUAUAAAGGAGGGAAGGUGUUGGCCAGCUUCAUUUCUGAUGAAAGUAAAGGAUUGACACCUGCAAAUGGUUUCUUUGAUGCCUGUAGGACUCUUCAGAAGCAGGGGGAGCUCCCAGGUAUCUUUGUAUGGUCUGCUGAUGACUCCAAGAGCAAUGGAUUUCCGUAUGAGAAGCAGGCACAGGAGCUGUUAGCCAUGUCUGUGAAAGCGCCGAGUCCAUCCGCGCCGAGUCAACUAAGUCAUGGUUAUGCGAACGCCAUGAAGAACUGGUGGCCAAUCUGGUCGUUGGCAGCGCUGGUGGCAGCAGUAGUUUGAGAAAAUUUCCACAUAUAUGAGUAGUGGGUUUAGCCAGGUAUAUGCUAUGUCUAUCAAUUCCAUUUACCCAGACGAAGAUAAAAAAUGAGAAGUAUUUUUCAUAUGUUUCAGGCUGUGUAAGAAGAAAAAGGGAACAGGGUAGUUGCAAUAGUUAUUCUGUCUUCUUUUUUCUUUUGUUUUUCUAGAAAAACGUUAUUCUGUAAGUUAUUCCUGUUUGAAUUGCUGAAGUCUUUUUGUUUUUUUAAUUUUGGUUGUAAUCAGCUGAAAUAGUUGAAUUUGCUGAUGG